AUGUUAACUUUUUUUAAUAGAACGUAUUCCACGCAGAAAGUUAAAUGGGACAUAAUGGCCGGUAUAUGUCUGCAACGUAAACCUGUGAUUACAAAAUCAUUAACGAAUAUUGAGGUAAAUUAUCAAAAUAUUUUACAAGAGAUUGAAUUUGAAAAGAGCCUAAAAUCAGACCAUGAACUUAGACAUGAUAAAGAUGUACAGAGAAUAGAACAAUUAAAAAAGGGUAAAAUUAAUUUUGAUGAUGCAGAUCCAGCCACUAAUCAAUCAGCGCAAGAUUAUUUAGAUCAAAACAAAGAAGAACUCUUAAAGUUUAAAUUAUCUAGUCGUAUAACUGAAGCUGAUGAAAAAAUGGAUAAUAAAUCAUUAAAUAGAAAACUUGAAGAAAAUUUAAUAUUUGUUAUAAAACAAAAAUUAGGACAUGACGAUUUUUGGAUUCUACCUCAAGGUUUGUGGACAAAUGGUGAAACAUUAAAAGAAACAGCUGAAAGAGUAUUAAAAGAAUCAUGUGGUAAUCAUAUAAGAGUUAGGUUUUAUGGCAACGCUCCUUGCGGUUUUUAUAAGUAUAAGUACCCAAAAACAAAACGAGAACAAUCAAAUGUAGAAGGUGCAAAAAUAUUUUUUUUCAAGGCAACACUUUUGGAUGGAAAUGUUGAAGAAAAAUGUACAUGGAAAGAUUAUGAAUGGGCAACAGUUCAAGAGCUCAAUAAUAGACUUAUUCAUCCAUAUAUGAAAAGCAUUAAAUUAUUCUUGUCAAACUAUAAUGUAUAA